CCCUGUCUCCACCAUGGCCCAUGCACAAAAAAGAAAAGUAUUGCAGCAAAGAAGAAAGGGUCAGCAUUCAGCAAUAGCGUGCUGCACCUUUUAAUUCCCCGGCGGCAAUCCGUUGUUUUCCUAGCAAUUCUUCCAGGGAAUAGAAAAACAGAGAUCAGAUUAACAAACACGAUGACAGUAUCUAUAUAAGCCUAAGCCUCCUCCUCGCACAUCAUCUCCCUGUUAAUCGCUGCUGCUGAUUAGUCGCCUUCCCUGCUCGCCAAGUUGCCAACUCGCCAUUGCCAAGAAGCGGAGCAGCAGCAGCAGCAGCUGGGCGCCAUGAGCCGGGGCGGCGGCGUGGGCAAGCACCUCCAGCACGUGCGCUGGCUGUGGCGGGCGCCGCGGCGGGCGCUGAGCGCGGCGCGGGACCUGUACGUGCGCAGCCUCACGGGGUGCGCCGGCCACCUCCCGGGGGACGCCGCCUUCGGCUACCCGUCCUUCGCCGGGGCGCCGGCGGGGUCCCGCGUCGACAGCUUCGCGUCGUCCCGCCGCUCCUCGGGCGCCGGGGACGAGGACCUGCGGGAGCUCAUCCGCGCCGCGUCGCAGCGGAGGGCGGCCGAGGCCGCCGCCGCCGCGCACCCGGCGGCCGUCCCGCGGAGCCAGAGCGCGGCGGCCAUGGCGCGGAUCGACGAGGACGGGCCGUGCGACUUCGCCGGGCCCCUCGUGUUCCCCAGGAGCCGCAGCUGCGCCGUCGGGGCCGCGCCGAGGGGCAGGGGCAGGGUGGCCGCGCUCGCCGCCUGACGGUUCUUGCUCGACGGCGACUGCUCUGCAAGGAAGGAGGUCCUCGUGUCAGCGCUGUUCAUAGUGUACUCGAUUCUUUCCUCUCUUUUUUUCCUUGAAGAUUUUUUCGGAGGCUGCUGAAAUCUGCAAACUGCAGCUGCGUUCUGUAAAUUUGUCCUGGAAUAGUUUCUGGACCUCUCCUGUGUUACCGUUGUGUUUGCGUAAUGCAAGUGUAAACACGGCAUGAUGAAAGUUUCACUUUUGCUGGCUUAAAUGGACUGAAUUUCUUUUCGA